CCUCAGCCGCUGCCAGCCGCACCUCAGCCGCUGUCAGCCGCACCUCAGCCGCUGUCAGCCGCACCUCAGCCGCUGUCAGCCGCACCAGCUAUGCCUGUUUUCGCAGAUGUCUUGCCGGUGUCAUGCCUUCUGGAAGAGGCAGUGCGUGGAGUGGAAACUCCAGUGAAAGCUGGCACUCUCGAAUGCAAGGCCACAGGCAUGAAGUGGAAGCCACAACCUCUGUUGCUGCGGCACGGUCGGUUCAACCAGCGCGUCGUUUUGAGACCACUGGAACCAGGCAUACCAUUGCCAUCGUUUUCCCAUCGUCACCAUUCUCCACAUGUGCUGCAGCCCAUUGCCGCCAUAAGAGACUCGCCUUCAGGAGAUACUUGGCGGGGCAGCAAAUGCUACCUGGCAUUCCCGUUCUGUCAAUACGGCAAUUUGGUGGAGUACGUCAUGACGCAGAAGGCGAUGGAUGUGCGGCUGUCCGCGCGACAUGCUGCCAUGAUCGCCAGGGACGUGGUGCUGGGGGUGGAGGGCUUGCUGGAAAACGACUGUGAACACAGCCCAGCACAGGUAGUGAGCAGCAUUAUGCCUACAAAGAUCUUCAUCGCCUUGAACGGGACAGCCAAAGUCAUGGCUCCCAUCAACACCGGACGACCGCAGAGCUGGCGGAAGAUGGCCAUGACCAUGAAAUGGAUGUCCCCUGAAGAGGUACAAGACGUGCCGGUGGAGAGAAGCAACAUGUGGCAGGUGAUCUCUUACCGAGUUGGCUUGCUCCUCUACUGCUUGGGCUCGCAGGAUGCCGGCAUUGGACACAUGGUUCCCAACUUCGUUCAGGACGCUCCGAAUCCCAACCAGGUGGAUAUGUCUCAGUGCCAGCAGUCUGGACUCUUGCGACAGCUUGUGGAAGAAUGCUUGCGGCUUGGCCAGCUUUGUGUGCCCCCGCCACGGGACAUCCUCAUGUCAAUGCUGGACGCAAUCAUCAUGGGGUGACAAUGGUGCUAAGGUG